AUGGCUCUGAUGCCGAAUUCCGCCAUUGAGCUCCCAUCAUUCCAUGCGGACUGCCAUGUCGCAGCCCGCCCUUCUAGAUAUCACAUCCCAAGUUUCUGUCCCAAACACAGGAAUCCCAAACAAAAGAAAUGUCUCAAGCAGAAUGCCAGCGAACAUCCAUCAUCCUGA